UAGUGAAAUUGAUUGGUCCCACAAAACACCUGCGCUCUCGCAGAGAAAAAUCACAAUUUUAUGCGUUCUGGAAUUGGAUCCUAUAAACUAUAUGACGAAAUGUCGCAAAUAGGCCCAUCAACACCACCCUCAAAUCUGAGUGAAGGUUUGCCAAUUACAAGUUUAAGACUACUUAUUAUUUUACUCAUACCGUGCGUGGUUCUUCUGCUGCUGUUGAACUGUUUGUUCCUGGGUUACAAGUUACACAUUUUUUCAAAGAAAAACAGAAAAAGACAAGACAGCGAAAGUAUUUUACAGUCUACUCUUUCGACGCGCCAGAGAAUGACCAUAAUAUCAGAGGCGCCAUUUUUCCCAAAUCAAGAUGGAAAAAUAGGUUAUAUCUCUGUUUCAGAGCCUAUUUUGGCCCAGCCCUUGAGCUCUUCACGUACCUCUUCAAAUGACAGGGCAGCAGUGGAGCAGAGUAUCCGAUUCGUCCGUCUGGGUGGGGCCACAGGCGAUGGUGGCUCGGAGUCCCUGAGAGCUCCGAGCGCCAUAUUGGCGACAACAGCCGAUACCAACUCCAGGGUCGACCAGCCCCGUAGGUCAAGCGUGUACAGUAGGAAUAAAAUGGGCUGGCGCAGGAGCGCCCCUGUCCUACCGCAGUCAAGUGAUUCAGAGGCAGAACUGCCUUGCCUUGUGCCACCCAAUUCACCUGCGCUAAAUGAUACACACUCAAGGGUAACACCUGACCAGAGGCCCAUGCGUCGGUGCAGCACCAUGGAGCUGCAAUAUGUAUUGAACAACACAGGGGAACACAAGUUUGAUAUGGUUGAAUUCGAAUGUGAAUAUGCCAGUAGCAUACCUCCAGAGAUUUCAUGCUUUGUUGCAUCUGACAACUCUUCCACAAUGGGUCCUGGAUUGGACAGCGACUUUGGAGCAAGCGCAGGUGUCUUGCUCCGAAUUCUGUCUGCAGACAGCGACGGUCUCACCAGCAGAAUGUGGGCCUCAGGAAUGGAUUGGGARUAUUAUGACCCGUGCUACGUGAGGGAGAGAGGCAUACCCAAACAAAAGGUUCACAAACCUGCAUUACAUACCAAGCAUUAUUGGGUAUGAUGCCCGAGAUCUACAUGUUUUAAUCUCAUUUAGAUUUUUUUAUAUACUUUAUUUACAAUAUUAGGCUAUACAUAUUUUUCUCCACAUAUUUAAAAUAAGAGCACUAAACAGAUCACUUACCAAAUGUAAAAAAAAGAAUCCCCACUAGUUUAGUAAAGAAUUGCUAAUUCACUAAUGUAAAUCACAUUUAUUCCAAGACACUUACUUGUAUGAUUCACWUUUUUUGUAAUGCAUUCAUUUCACACAACUUUCAAUGUUUAAAAAAAUUGUUUGUGGUACACUUGAAUAAGCACGUUUUGAUUGUGCACAAAUUUCUUGUACUUUUCACUUAAAA